CAACAAUAAUAAAUUGUUAAUUAUUGAAAUUAAAACAUUUCCAUUAAUAAAUUAAUUAUGUUGCGAUUAAUUUAAUUAUUCAAUGUUUACCUAUGUGAUUUAGUGAAUUAUUUAACUGAAAUUUCGAUUGGAAUUGAAAUUUUGAGCGUUUCUUUAAACUGGUUUGUCUCAGUUUAAAAAUGAUUCUCGUCCACCUGUUAAAAGAUUAAACUGGAGAUUAAGCUUAAUCCUUUUCUUUUAAACCAGCGAACUUUUUUCCUCUCCUUUCACUUUUGUUCAUUGUUUUUCUAUCCAUCUAUCCAUCUUUUGGACUCUUUUUCUUUCUGUAUCUCUCUCUCUCUCUCUCAUUUUGUCUAUAAAUCUCUCUCUCACUCUAUCUCUCUUUCCUUUGUUUCUUUUACUUUCAUCUUCUUCUGUUGGAUGGGUUUUAAUUUCUGCCACUAGAAGAUAAACUGGUUGUAAGCUUCCUGUUAAUUAUCAUUAUAAUUAGCGAAAAGCGAAUAAAUUAAGCGAAGAAGAGACAAACCCCAUUGGAAUUGGUUCUAAAUCUAUCACUUUCAUCCUGUUUGCUUCAAGAAAAAAAAUAUUCUUUUCUUCCCAAGAAAAUAUCAUAGAUUCUAAAGUAAUUACUCAAUUCCAUCAUUUUAAAUUGCUCAUUCAUUUUGGUAACUUCGACAAGGACUUUCAUCUACCUUGAGACAUUUUUUUCGUUGGAUUCGUGCCCUUGAUUAUUUCUCUAUCUUUCUCUUUCUCAUUAAUAUUUACAAAAACACUGAACCUUUUGACAACCAAAGCAAUCAAUCAUCAUCACCAUGUCUAUACCAGAGACCGAGUAUCAAUCAAAAUACUUAUAUGUCCGAUUCAAUCAAGAUUCAACUUCCCUUUGUGUUGGAACCCGAUCUGGAUUUCAGUUAAUCAACUUCCAAGCUACAGAUGAUCUUCGUAUGUUAACUGGAUGCGCAGAGGAAGAAAUUUACAUUGCAGAAAGAUGUUUCUCUUCCAGUAUUUUGGCCUACGUUUCCCUUCAAUCCCCUCGAAAGGUCAACUUUUUACACGUUGAACGUGAUGUAAUGAUAUGUGAUCCAAGAUGUUACAAUAAUUCAAUCCUUAGUGUACGAAUGAAUCGAUCUCGAAUCGUGGUUGUCCUAGAAGAUGCCAUCUAUAUUCAUACUGGUCUAAAUGGUGAAUUCAUGGCUGAUCUACAUAGAAUUAAGCAAACACCCUGUAACUCAAAAGGUCUUUGUGCUUUAUCACCAAACGAUGAGAAUUGUCUUCUCGCUUAUCCAGGCGGUCCUAACACAGGAGAAUUGAUUAUCUAUGAUUGUAUGAAUUUACAAGAUAAGAUAAUCAUACCUGCUCAUGAUAAUCCACUGGCAGCGAUGACUUUUGAUUCUGCUGGUGAUAAAAUCGCUACUGCCAGUGAAAAGGGAACCAUAAUUCGAGUCCAUCUAAUAUUAGAUGGAUCUUGUUUAUAUGAGUUUCGUCGUGGAUUCACUAGAUGUGCCAACAUUUACUCUUUAUCCUUUGGAUGUAAUUCCCUCUUCCUUUGUGCUUCCAGUUCAACGGAAACAAUUCACAUAUUCAAAUUGGACACUUCACCUGCCAAUCGACACAAAGAAGAAAGUACCAGUUGGAUUGAUUACCUUGGUCGAGCCUCCGAAUCUUAUUUACCUGCAAACAUUUCAAAGGUAUUCAAUCAGGAAAGGUCAUUCGCUUAUGCUAAAUUACCAUUGAAAAAUUUGGAAACUGUUUGCACGAUAACCAUGAUCAACGAAACACCCUGGCUAAUGGUUGCCUCUUAUGAUGGUUAUGUUUACCUUUACGAUUUAAAUAUAGCCGAGGGCGGUGAAUGUAACCUUGUCCGUCAGCAUAAACUUUCUGAAAUACCUUUGGCUCAGAUAGAUAGGCGAGAUUCAUUAACGCCAACAGUUUUUUCUGUUUGUCCAAAAGGUUUAAGUUACGCUGCAGCAGUGAGAGGAUUAAAUCAAAUUAGAUCUAACAGAAUGACCAUAAUCAACAAUACUAACUCCAAAAAAUCCAACAAAUCCUUAGGUUCAACUCCCAUUUCCUAACCUUUGAGUCCCAAAAAUAUAAUAUAAUCUAAAAAAAAAUCUUAAUCUCUCACUUUAAUUACCUUAACCUUCCAAUUUUUACUUUCUGUCUCUCUUAAUUAUCUUCCUGUUUGUGAUUGUAGGUUUUGUAUUAGUUUAGUAAAACAAACUCACUUAAAACAACAACAUCUUCAUAAUCGUAAAUAUAAAACCAUUAAUUGAAAAUGAUAUCAACAAUUUGGAUUAUAAAUACACAUCAACAAUAUGGAAUCACAAACAACAACAACAAAAUAAUGUAAAUAAUUGACACAAUUAGGAAAAACAAAGAAACCGAGGAAAAGUGUUACAAACUCAUCAUCAUGUAAAAAUAGACUCUCUCACCCUCUCAUUUCAAUGUAAUCUCAAUCCUGUCAAUUAAUCCAACACAAAAAACAAACAAAUUAUGUCAACCAAACAAUAAUCGAGAUAUUAAUUAUCUAUGGCAAUUAACUCUCUAAUUAUAUCUCAUCUAUUGGACAACAAAUCAACAACCUCGCAAACCAUAUUAACCACCAACAUCAUCAUCAUCAUCAUCAUCAAAUCAUAUUAGUAUUUCAUCAUCAGCUCUAUUGGAUAACCACAUCAUCAAUUGGACCAUUUUUUGCUUCCGGGGUCAAUCAAUUUAAUUGUACAAAAUCAAAUACAUUAAUCAUCAAUAUCCAAUAUCUCAUGAAAACAAAAUAUACAGUUAAUCACUUAUAUAUAAAAUGUAUAUAAUUGAAUUUAUAAUUACAAUCAAUUAACAAAAGAUGCUUGAUUAUGUUCAGAUAUUUGAUUAUAUUACUGAUAUAUAAUGAUAAUAAUAAAAAUAUUUUACUUUGAAAA